AUGACGUACCGCAGUCACAACGUGGGACCGUCGCGUGCAUUCGAUCAUAUCUACGACCCACUGUAUGUGGCCUCCGACCGGAAAGAUGUCUGCCGUGCAAACCAUGCAGCGCUCGCAAAAUCGGCACCGAUUGGUAUAUUUCCCGUGUACCAGUCGAUGUUUAGCGAGUUGCCACGGUUAACGCGAAACCACUAUGUGAUGCAUCGUAAUCCGCUACCGUACUAUCCAGAGCUACAGGUAAAUCCGAUCCGUUCGUACGGUUAUCAGCAACAUCCGGACGUGUCGAAAGUGCUCGGUGCGGAACGGGCCAAAUUCUUCUGCCAUCCGAAUGCGGGCGAAACGGGAUGCAAUGUACGGUACGCACCGGAUUACGUACCGACCGAAGCAAAAGACGAGUACUGUGCGUGCGAUGAUGAGUACGGGGAUGGGGCCGACGGUCAGCAUCAGCCCCGCUUCCGGGAGGUAGCCUCCCAAACGAUGUUUCGCGAAUCGUCCGCCCAAACGCAACCCUGGAUGCCGACCGCAGUGCUGAAGGAGCACGCAAUGCCAGCCGCGGAGAUUGUUUACGUGGCGGAAAUGCUGCAGCACACGCGUUUCCCGGGCGUUAAUGAGGUGGAAAUUGUGGAACGGGCACGCCGGAAACGAACCUGGGAGUAUGCGCUCGGUAGUUGCGAUUCGCUGGACGAAUGGCGCCAGCAAAAGCUGGUGCUGCAGAUAUUUGAAUGGGAGGAGUGGGUCGCACGGGAGCGGCAGAUCGAUCGGUACCAGAUGCUGCGCCUGCAGCUAGUGGCUAAGAUUAUGGAGAAGCGUGAGCGGGACACCCAUCAAGCAACGGAAGGCAAGAUGGAGAACACGAAGCGACGCAUUAAUCAGGCUAGGAAUCAGGCGAUGCAAAAGUUGGAAGCAAAUUUCGAGCGGAACUUGCGGAAGUUGGAGAAGAAGCGGCAUGAGCUGAGUGUCCGGUACGGAGGGAAAAACAGGGGACAGGAUGCGAUGGAAGCGUUGGCACUGGAAGCGUUGGCUGGUGCGAGGAAGAAGUACUCGAAACAGUCGUACGAUUAUGAUCCAAAUCUGAUUGAAGUGGGGUUGGCGAAGCUUGAUAAGAAGACAUCCGUGCCACAGAAGUUUGUAAACCCGCGCGACCAACGUCCCGAGUUGUGGAAACCAAAGGAAGUCUGUCGCGAGUUCCAGAAGGGUUUCUGGUCGGAUAAUUUCCUUCGCAAACUAUAUGAAUCGUUGAAGCAAUUCCGCAAUCGAAAGGAUACGGAGCGUGCGAUCCCCCAAUGUCUGAUCGUUGUGUCAUCUCCGACGGAAAGUGUCGUUGUGUCACCGAUUGCCGUGUCGCCCGAGAAAGAAAACGACAACUUGUAUCAGCAAGCGGUCCUGCUGCAGAAGCUGAUUAAGGGUAGAGCGACCCAAGAGAUGAUUCAUCGUGAUUACGCUAGCGAACACGAUCUGAUGGAUGAUCUGAUAGCGUCCCAUCGUCUACCGGUUGUGGAGGAAUUUUUCCCAAUAGAUGGGCAGCAUUAUCCGGCAGGGAUGGAACGAACCGGAGGCAGCGUUCGUGAGCGAUAUCUUCAGAUACUAAAGAACGAACAGCUGUUGGACGAGUUUAUCGAGACUAGUACACACGCCCAAAUGAGCUCGCUAAUGAGUACACUCGAGCGGGAACUGACACGGCUUCAAAAUGAGCGCAAUACACAAGCGUUCUACUUGUUGGCCGAACGGGAACGUCAUCUACGCGAGUCGUGUGACAAUGAGUAUCCACCUACGAGUGGAGAACGGAAGCAACAACUCAGCAGCGAUGAGAUGGCAAUUUACUUAGAGAAUGCCUUACUGGAGCAAGCAGAAAAUGUGGACGAAAUGCGUGAAAAAAUUCAUGACAUGGCCCGCAAGUUUGACGAGGAAGCGGAUCGCCGUAGUGAUGGCAGCUCCCUAAUGAUGACUUGCGAUGCUAAUACGGCCAGCAAUCGUGAUGCACUCGGCAGUAUUGUGGGCUCGCUCGCCGAUGAGAUGCUUCUGCCCGAUCUUUUCCGCCGUGCGGCAAGGGAAAAUAUUAAAUUCAAACAGCGUAACGUGUUGGCCAAUGUGCACGAGUGGAUCUAUAAUCGGAAGGAUGAUGAGGGUGUGGAUGAGAAGCUGCCCGGUGACGACGAAAGGAAGGCAACGAAGGUGGACGGUGAUCAGGUGCACUUGCCAGAGGAAAGACGGGUAGUAAAUGGGUUGCUGGAUGGCAUCAUCGAUAAAGCCGUUUUGCAGCCUCCGGCUGUUGAUACGGCUUACUCGGAGAAUGAAGUUGAGGAACUGCCGGAAGAUGAAGAGGAGAUGGUGGAAAGUGAUUUCUCGGCGCUUGAUUACGAGGGUUUGGAGGGUGCGGAAGAAGGUGUGCAGGAGGAGGAGGAAGAAAUUUCUCGAAUGGCAAACGAACUGAUCGAGGACAUUUUAUGCCAUGUGCUGGAUGUAUCAGAGUGA